AUGGGGAGAGAAGGGGAUGAUGAAGAGACAGCCAGCCUCUCUGAGAAGCAGAAACUUGGAGAGGGAGUCGAGGAAGAGAUGGGUGAAGAAGAAAAGGCGGGAGAGGAGGAGGGCAGCAGAGGAGGGCGGAUCCCCCUGCGCCGCUGGGUGAUGAACGGGGCGGUGAUGUUCGGCCGCGAGUUCUGCUAUGCCAUGGAAACGGCCCUGGUGACGCCGGUGCUGCUGCAGAUAGGUCUCCCAGAGAAGUACUACAGUUUGACCUGGUUCCUCAGUCCCAUCCUUGGUCUGCUCAUCACCCCCCUGAUAGGCUCAGCCAGUGACCGAUGCACUCUUCGGUGGGGCAGGAGACGACCAUUCAUUCUGGCCCUGUGUGUGGGUGUGCUGCUGGGAGUGGCGCUAUUUCUGAAUGGCUCAUUGAUAGGUCUGUCGAUUGGUGACACCCCCAACAGCCAGCCAUUCGGCAUCGUCCUUACCGUGGUGGGUGUGGUAGUCCUGGACUUUUGUGCCGAUGCCUCUGAGGGACCGAUCAGAGCUUACCUUCUUGACGUUGCUGAUACCGAGGAGCAAGACAUGGCUCUAAAUAUCCAUGCCUUCUCUGCUGGGCUUGGCGGAGCAGUGGGUUAUAUGCUAGGGGGUUUAGACUGGACGGAUACGCCCUUAGGCCGUGUGUUUAAGUCGCAGGAACAGGUUCUCUUCCUCUUUGCCGCCAUAAUCUUCAUCAUUUCUGUCACACUGCACAUGCUCAGCAUCCCAGAGGAGGCCUUCAUCCCCGCCCAGCAGGCUGAAGCAACGGUCGACGGGGAUUCCAGCAGCCAACUUUCUUUCAGGUCCAGUGGCCAAGCCCCACCGUUUCUUGAUCUGAUUAUAGAGGAGGAUGCCGUCACUCAUGGUCCACCCAGUGAGGACAACCAGUCGGAUCAAGGGGAACUGGAUUUUCUCACUGUGGAGCGUGUCAGAAGUAAAAGUGACUCAGUCUUGGCCAUGCCCGACGCGACCAUUGAAUUGGAUUCUGACCUCGACCCGGACUUGCAUCACUUUUUCCCAGACACACCGGUCGAUUUGAAUGAGGGCUUCCUGCCGUCACAGCAAAACACUGGCUCCUCUCCUCGUCUUCUCUCUCCUACAGAGCUACGUUCUCCUACUUCACAGUUAAAGGAGCAGCCAGAUGGCUCCCUUCCUCCUACCCAGACCAGUCCUAGCACAGUGGGUGCUCAACUAAACACACAGACUAAGGGUGUCAAUGGAGUCAAAGUGGGUGUUUCCAGUUCUGGCCACUCCAACCAAGCAAAAGGCCCCCCCUCCACAAAGCUGGGGGCCUGCCCGUCCAACACCCUACACUCAUCCCGACCACACCCACACACCUUCUACAGACAACCCUCCUUCACAUUCUCCUACUACGGACGAGUGGGGUCACAGCGCUACCGACACCGUCGGCUCACCCCUGGGGCCCCUCGGCCAAUCACCUCCUCCCGCAGUCUGAAUGACCUCUCUGAGCUUCAGAAGCGCACGGAGAGGCGGGAGCUGCAGCUUUCAACCAGUAGCCUAUCAUCUGAGGAUUCUGGAAGUGAGGGGGUGCCAGAGGGGGUCACCACUGUGCGGCUGCUCUGGCUGUCCAUGCUGAAGAUGCCCAAGCAGCUUUGGAGGCUUUGUGUGUGUCACCUGCUGACAUGGUUUUCUAUCAUAGCCGAGGCUGUGUUUUAUACAGACUUCAUGGGGCAGGUCAUCUUCCAAGGAAACCCCACGGUAUCAGCUAACUCCACGUUGCUCCAAAACUACAACAAAGGGGUCCAGAUGGGCUGCUGGGGACUAGUGGUCUAUGCUGCUACUGCUGCUGUCUGCUCUGCCAUCCUGCAGAAGUACCUGGAUAAUUUUGACUUGAGCAUCAAGGUUAUCUACAUUGUGGGAACUUUGGGCUUCUCCAUAGGGACUGCUGUCAUGGCCAUCUUUCCUAAUGUCUAUGUUGCUAUGGUGAUGAUAAGUACCAUGGGCAUCAUCUCCAUGAGUAUAUCCUACUGCCCCUAUGCUUUACUGGGACAAUACCAUGAAAUCAAAGAGUACAUCCAUCACAGCCCUGCUAACUCCCGGAGAGGUUUCGGCAUUGACUGUGCUAUAUUAUCCUGCCAGGUUUACAUCAGCCAGAUCUUGGUUGCCUCAGCCCUGGGAGCUGUGGUGGAGGCAGUAGGCAGCGUGCGUGUCAUUCCCAUGGUGGCCUCUGGGGGCUCUUUCCUGGGUUUUCUCACUGCCUGCUUCCUCGUCAUAUACCCCGAGGGAGAGUCCAGCACUUCAGAACAGGAUCACAGAUUGGUUGGUUUGCCCAGAGAGGCAAGUACCAGUGGAAGAAGGACCAGUCGGGCCAGCUCUUCUGAGACUUAAUGAUAGAGAGAGUAUUAUAAAGACAAAGUAUGACACUGUCAUGUGAGUAUGGACAUCAAGUCUGAGCUAGGU